AUGAAGGCACAUUGGGCCAUCCAUUCCACUGCACCUGUUUUGACUUUACCGUGUUUGCCUAGCUCCAAUAACUAUGGCCCUUCGGCUCUUGUUUAUUUCGGUACUUCUCCCUUAGGAGAGAAAACAAGUGCUCUAACAAGCACAACAAGGUGGCUCGCGAGAACCAAAAUUUGUGACCAUAGUUGGCAGUGCAGGAGAACCCCUGGGCCCACUUGGAGUCACAUGAUGGGUUUUCGAUGAAUAAACAAAAGAAAUUACUACCCGCACGACUGACUCCGCCUACUAGCUCUUUCUGAAGAAACCAUGGGGCAUGACUCCUUCUUCAUAUGUAAACUUUGCUGAAUUUGAUUGACGUUGCAUCAUUUCUUGAAAAUCUUUCUGUUUGUAUCAAAUCGAGUUUUGUGCAACAC